CCCGGGCGAAGCACUCGGAGCGGGGGUGCCGGUGACCGGUUCGCGGCCGCCCUGAGGGGCCGGGCGCGACUCGGGCGGGGCGGCAGCACCCUGAGGGAGCCCGGGGCCGGGACCCCACGAGGUGCGGGGGGAGGACCGGCCCCGGCCCUCACAUGACCGUCCAGUGCCCCAACCCCGGCCGCCUCCCUCCUCCCGGCGCUCAGAGCCGCUCCGGCACCGCCGAGAUGCGAGCGGGCGCCGAGGGGCGAUGGAGACGGCGGGUGGCGCGGACACUGCUGCUGCUGCCGCUGCUGCUGGCGGCCUGGCAGCCGCCGCCGCGGGGAGCGCGGGCCCAGCGCCCGGCCGCGGACGCAGAAAACAGAACGAACUGUGUCCUCUCCUCUUCAUCGGAGUUUCCUGAGGGAUUUUUUACACCACAGGAGAGAAAGGAUGGAGGAAUCGUUAUCUAUUUCAUAAUUAUACUUUACAUGUUUUUGGCCGUGUCCAUUGUGUGCGAUGAUUACUUCCUGCCUUCUCUAGAGAUCAUUAGUGAAUGCCUUGGCCUCUCUCAGGAUGUUGCUGGAGCAACUUUUAUGGCUGCUGGAAGCUCAGCUCCAGAGCUAGUCACUGCUUUUCUAGGAGUCUUCGUGACAAAGGGAGAUAUUGGCAUUAGCACCAUCCUCGGAUCAGCAAUCUAUAAUCUUCUUGGGAUCUGUGCAGCUUGUGGGCUGCUUUCUAGCGUGGUUUCGAGGCUAUCCUGUUGGCCGCUGUUUAGAGACUGCCUGGCAUAUACAAUUAGUGUAGCGGCGGUCCUUGCGAUGAUAUCUGACAGCAGAAUUUACUGGUAUGAAAGUGCUUCCUUAUUAUUAAUAUAUGGGUGUUAUAUUCUGGUACUAUGUUUUGACAUUCAAAUCAACCAAUGCCUCAUGAAAAGGUUCAGUCCCUGCUGUUCGUGUUUUACAAAAGCUAUGGAAGAGAAUGCUGAGCAGCAGCCAUUGGCUGGAUGGAGGGAAGAUAGUGGACCUCUAAUUCGUCAACAGUCAAGAACAGAUAGUGGAAUUUUUCAAGAUGAGAUGGACUAUUCUCAACUUUCAACAUGCUUGCAUGGGCUUGAUGAAAUCUCUGAAGAUCAUCCAAGUGUCUUCACCAUGCCUGAAGCAGAUAUGAAGAGAAUUUUGUGGGUGUUAUCUCUUCCUAUUAUUACACUACUCUAUUUGACUACACCAGAUUGCAGAAGACGGUUUUGGAGGAACUGGUUCAUGGUGACAUUUUUAAUGUCAGCAGCAUGGAUUUCUGCAAUAACUUACGUUCUUGUAUGGAUGAUAACGAUAGCAGGUGAAACACUGGGAAUUCCAGAGUCAGUAAUGGGUCUCACGUUACUUGCAGCAGGAACAAGCUUACCAGAUACAGUUGCAAGUGUGCUGGUGGCUCGAAAAGGAAAUGGAGAUAUGGCUAUGUCUAACAUUGUAGGAUCCAACGUAUUCGAUAUGCUCUGUUUGGGAAUACCCUGGUUUAUAAAAACUGCCUUCAUAAAUACAUCAGGACCCAUAGAAGUGAACAGCAGUGGUUUGACAUACACAGCCAUUUCUCUCAUCUGUUCAGUUGUUUUUAUUUUUCUGGCAAUUCACCUGAAUGGCUGGAAAAUAGAUAAAAAAUUAGGAGCAAUUUGUCUUGUACUGUACUUCGUAUUUACCGUAUUAUCAAUUUUAUAUGAACUUGGCAUCAUAGGGAACAAUCCUACAAGAGUCUGUGGUAACUAGUUUUAACCAGUGAUUAUACUGAUGAAAAAAUAAAAGCAGAAGAGAAAGAUCAGUUUCUUCAUUUAGUCAAAUUAAAAAUAAAAAUAAAAAAAAUCCAAAACUCCCAUUGGGCUCUAAAUCUUAUUUA